CCUUAUGUAUUUCCAGUAUAAUAUCUAAAGACUGACUUAGCCAUCCCGUGGGACUUUUAUUUAGUUUUUCCUUUUCAGUGGAAAUCAAUUGGUCUGCUUGCUGUACAAAGAUGAAGCAACUGUGUCUCUAUAUCCUCUCUUUUUUAGGACUGGUUUGUGUAGGUGUGUGUAAACCGCGCGAGUAUAUUCUGAUCAAACAGCUGAAGACGUGGACAGACGCACAGUCUUACUGCAGAUUGAAUCACAUUGAUCUGGCCACCGUUCAGACUGAUGAAGAUCUGAAAAAUCUGCGUCAGACCGCCAGUGAGAACGCCUUUGCUUUAUAUGGCUGGAUCGGACUCUACAAUGACAUUACGAGCUGGAGAUGGUCUCAUCAGGACGAGAGCGUGGCUUAUUUCAACUGGUAUCCAGGUUUCCCUGAUAACUACGGUUCAGGAGAGGAGUGUGCCGUAUUAAGACACGACGGGUACUGGUUUGACUACUACUGUACUCUCACAAGAUGGUCUUUGUGUUUUGAGGAUAAGAACGGCACAGUGAAAUAUUACUUAGUUGAUCAUUCAGAAGUGUGA